UUAAAGACUGCACUCUGUGAUUCUUUCGUCUCGGACCGAUCUCGCCCCGUUUUUUAAUAUUUCCCUCGCUCCUCUCCUCCCCUCCUUCCUCUUCUCUCUCUCUCUCAUGUUCUGUGUGGACAGAGCGACGGAGUUUCUCUCAACCCAGAUGUGUAAUAGGCGCGCGUUUUCCAGAGGCUCGGUUAUAAAGCGUCCGUUAUUUAUCCGACUACUUUCAACUGUUCUCCUUUUCGACAAAGAGCCAGCGAAGGGAAACUAGUGGAAGUUUGAGACCAGGAAGAAUGCAGGCGACGUGUUGGUGUGCGGUGUUACUCCUGACGCCAGCGUUUUACUUGGUGACAAGUGUUCAUGCUUCCAAGGCGGACCUCCUCAAGUCGGGCAGCCCCAAGUCGACGUUAAAACACAUAUGGACAGAAAGCAGCAAGGACCUGUCAAUCAGCAGGUUGUUGUCACAGACUCUCCAUGGCAAAGAGAACACCACGGCUCUGGACCUGCGCUACGACACCCCGGAGCCCUACUCUGAGCAGGACCUCUGGGACUGGCUGAGGAACUCUACCGACCUCCAGGAUUCUAGAGCAAGAGCUAAGCGGCGGCCUAUGGUCAAGACGGGCAAGUUCAAGAAGAUGUUCGGUUGGGGAGACUUCCACUCCAACAUUAAGACGGUCAAGCUCAACCUCCUCAUCACCGGGAAGAUCGUGGAUCACGGCAACGGAACCUUCAGCGUCUACUUCAGACACAACUCCACAGGCCAGGGCAAUGUGUCUGUGAGUCUCGUCCCACCAACCAAGGUCGUGGAGUUCGACGUGGCGGCCCAGCAGUCCGUGAUUGACGCCAAGGACUCCAAGUCCUUCAACUGCCGCAUAGAGUACGAAAAGGUGGAGAAGGGUGCCAGGAACACGCUGUGUAACUUCGACCCGUCCAAGACGUGUUACCAGGAGCAGACUCAGAGCCACGUCUCCUGGCUCUGUUCCAAGCCCUUUAAAGUCAUCUGCAUCUACAUCUCCUUCUACAGCACUGACUACAAGCUGGUGCAGAAAGUCUGUCCGGACUACAACUACCACAGCGACACUCCCUACUUCCCCUCUGGCUGACCACUCCCACAACAACAAUCCCAAUGUGAAGGACCAGUAAGUUACAAAGCGGGGCUUCUUCUUCUUUUUCCCCGCCCAGAGAAAUAUAUGUUAGCUGUACUGUUCUGAAAAUAAAAGAAUGUGUAAAAUGAAUUGAUUAUCUAUUUAUGAAAUUAAGACAAUAGAGAAAGUAAAGACUUAUGGGUCAUUAUUAUUUUGUCUUUCAAGUGUUGUGCAAAACCAUUAUUAUUAUAAAUAUAAUAAUUAUUAUAUUAAUAUUAUUAGUAUACAAAUACUAUGACUAAACAAUAAUAUUGACUAUAAUUAAUUUGUUUUAUAGAUUUCAUACAUUUUUUCAGCAGUGAUUUCAUAGAUGCAUCAUGUGUACAUAUUUGGGGUUGAUAGUUCCAUGUGUAACUAAGUAAAAUCAGAAUUUCAAAUAAGUCUUAUUAGUUUGUAACAACUUGUUAAUGUUAUCAAUAUGUUAUAUUCAUUUUCUUGGUCCAGUUUGAUUCUAGGUGCUUUAAUUUUCUCCUUUUAGUAUUUCUUACUUUGCUCCUUAGGGCCACAAUACUUUCUGUAUGAAAGUUCAGUUCUGUGAGCUACCAAUUGGAUGGCAGCAUACAUGAUCCUAUGUUUUGUUUGCACCUGCAAUACUCAAUACUCAUUCAUUCAUAGCAGCUCAAUUCCGCUCUCUCAGAAAUAACAGUCCAGACUCCUACCCUUGAAGGUCUACAAGAUCCCCACACAUUUCCAAAUCCUUUGACCCCACAGUCGAGAGAGCUGAGGAAGAGGAGAGUGUCAGUGUGCAAUCCAAAUAGGUGGUCUUACCUAGCACUGACAGGAUUCUCCCGCAGGCAUGUUUUAUAAAAAAAUAAAAAAUAAAGGCAUUUUACAUGUUCAGGAAUGAUGCUGUUCAAUCUUCAGCUUGUCCCUGUAUAAGUCCUGGCUCAGAUUAUUAUUAGCAAAUCACAGCGUUAUUAGGUUUAUUGUUAAUAUUCAGUUGUGAUUGAUUGGGGGGCUUUGCUCAUUGUCAUUGACUUAAUAAAAAUUGUAAUGUAAUGAAUUCUAUAUCAUAGAGAGCCUAAUUUGUAUGAAUGGUUUGUAUUGUACAUAGUUUAUCCUGAAUUGAGCUGCGUCUGUAUAUGCCCACAUAAAGCGGUCUACCCCUUCCCACAAUCCCCCUCUCUCUCUCUCUCUCUCUCUUGUGAAUCCAUGAAAACAGCAACCCUGUACAUACGCUGUAGAACUGUCUAAAUAUAUUACAAGUAUUCAUCAAAUGUAUGGCUUUUAUUUCUGGGGGAAGGAUGGGAUGGAGGUGUACAUAUGAAUAAAAAUCCUGUAUGUUUUAUCAGUUGAA